AUGGUUUCCGAGACGACGCGAUCGACUGUUAAACUCACCAACGUUCCUCAAACCAUAGUCGCCGACGAACUCCUCCGGUUCCUAGAGCUCCACCUCGGCGUAGACACAGUAUUCGCCCUCGAAAUCCCAACAUCUCGCGACAAUUGGAAGCCACGAGACUUCGCGCUCGUGCAAUUCACUUCACUCGAGGUCAAAUCUCGCGCUCAGCUUCUCUCUUCCCAGAACAAGCUCCUCUUCAAAACCCAUAACCUAAGAAUCUCCGAAGCCUACGACGACAUCAUCCCUCGCCCUGUAGAUCCGAGGAAAAGAAUCGACGGCGUCGUUUUGACUGUUGGGUUUCCUGAAGCCGACGAAUUGAGGCUUUGUGCCCUAGAAAAAUGGGAAGGCGUGAGAUGUUGGAUUAUAGAGGAGAAGAGGAGAGUUGAGUUUUGGGUUUGGGAAAACGGUGAAUGUUACAAAGUCGAAGUUAGGUUUGAGGACAUCGUUGAAACUGUUAGCUGCUGCAUCAAUGGCGUCUCUGAGCUCAAUGCAUUUCUUCUCAAGCUGAAAUAUGGACCGAAGAUAUAUAAAAGAGUAUCAGGACCUCACAUAUCCGCAAAGAUUAAAUCUGAUCGGUACCAUUUCUGCAAGGAGGAUUUUGAUUUCAUAUGGAUUCGCACUACUGAUUUCUCAGGUUUGAAAUCAAUAGGGACAUCUUCUUGCUUUUUCUUGGAAGUCCACCAAGGUUCAACAAUGUCAGACGUUUUCUCAUGCUUACCUUACUACAGAGACGACACUUUGAGUCUAACCACUGUGGGUAAAACUACAUUUGCCUCUGGAUGUCAAAUUGUUCCUCUCUUGAAUGCUGCUGAUCUAGGGACAGAGCUUCCUUAUGAGAUCCUUUUCCAACUCAAUUCGCUUGUUCACGCUCAGAAGAUCAGUCUUUUCGCCGCUUCGGAUAUGGAAUUGAUCAACGUCCUUUGUGGUUUGAGCUUGGAAACGGCAUUGGCGAUCUUAAAGAAACUUCACCAGCAAAGCUUUAUAUGUUAUGAUCCUAUCUCAUUUGUCACGACUCGGUCGCAAUCCGCGGUUAAGAAGAUGGCGUCGCAUUCCCCUGCAUCAGCCUAUAAAAAAUUGACCGAGCAGAACAUAAUGAGUUGUCAGAGAGCCUACGUCACACCUUCAAAGAUUUAUCUGAUGGGGCCAGAGCUUGAGACUGCCAAUUACGUUGUCAAGAACUUCGCAGAGCAUGCUUCAGAUUUCAUGAGGGUUACGUUUGUGGAAGAAGAUUGGAGCAAGCUUCCAGCGAGUGCUCUCUCUGUGAACUCCAAGGAAGGCUAUUUCUUGAAACCCUUUAGAACCGACGUUUAUCACAGAGUGUUGUCAAUUCUUGGAGAAGGUAUCACCGUGGGGGCUAAAAGGUUUGAGUUCUUGGCUUUUUCAGCGAGUCAGCUGCGAGGGAACUCUGUCUGGAUGUUUGCUUCUAACGAGAAAGUAAAAGCGGAAGAUGUGAGAGACUGGAUGGGUUGUUUCCGUAAAAUCAGAAGCAUUUCUAAAUGUGCUGCUAGGAUGGGUCAGUUGUUCAGUGCUUCACGGCAGACACUUAACGUCCGUGCGCAGGAUGUGGAGCAUAUUCCUGACGUCGAAGUGACUACUGAUGGUGCUGAUUACUGCUUCUCUGAUGGCAUUGGGAAAAUCUCGUUGGCCUUUGCUAAGCAAGUUGCACAGAAGUGUGGACUGAGUCAUAUCCCUUCAGCGUUUCAGAUUCGAUACGGUGGCUACAAAGGUGUGAUUGCUGUUGACCGGAGUUCCUUCAGAAAGCUGUCUCUGCGUGAUAGUAUGCUCAAGUUCGAGUCCAACAACAGGAUGCUUAACGUAACAAGGUGGACAGAGUCGAUGCCUUGCUUCUUGAACCGAGAGAUCAUUUGCCUUUUGUCUACGCUCGGGAUAGAAGAUGAAGUGUUUGAGGAGAUGCAAAAGGUGCAUUUAUCUAUACUUGGGAAUAUGCUUGAAGACGGUAAUGCAGCACUUAAUGUUCUGCAGAAAUUGAGCGGGGAAAGUUCCAAGAAUCUGCUAGUUAAGAUGCUGCUACAAGGAUAUGCACCGAGUAAAGAACCUUACCUCUCAAUGAUGCUUCGUGUACACCACGAGAGCCAGCUUUCUGAGCUAAAGAGUAGGUGCAGGAUACUUGUACCGAAAGGUCGGAUCUUGAUCGGUUGCAUGGAUGAAAUGGGGAUUUUGGAGUAUGGCCAAGUGUACGUUCGUGUAACACUGACUAAAGCGGAACUGGAAUCCCGCGAGCAGAGCUUCUUCCAGAAGAUUGACGAGGAGACCUCUGUGGUGAUUGGGAAAGUGGUCGUGACGAAAAACCCAUGUCUUCACCCUGGAGACAUCAGAGUUCUUGACGCAGUCUAUGAGAUCAGUUUUGAACAAAAGGGGUUUCUUGAUUGCAUCAUCUUUCCUCAGAAGGGAGAGAGGCCACAUCCAAAUGAAUGUUCUGGUGGUGAUCUCGAUGGUGAUCAGUUUUUUGUAAGCUGGGAUGAGAAGCUUGUACCGAGCCAAAUGGAUGCUCCAAUGGACUACGCUGGAAGCAGACCUCGUAUAAUGGAUCAUGAUGUAACCUUAGAGGAAAUCCACAAAUUCUUUGUUGACUAUAUGAUAAGUGACACGCUUGGGGUGAUCUCAACUGCGCAUUUGGUUCACGCAGACCGUGAUCCAGAUAGAGCCCGGAGCCAGAAAUGUCUAGAGUUAGCUAAUCUUCACUCUCGUGCUGUUGAUUUUGCGAAAACUGGAGCUCCCGCUGAGAUGCCUUACUCCUUAAAGCCUAGAGAGUUUCCUGAUUUCUUGGAACGUUUCGAGAAGCCAAUGUACAUCUCUCAGUCUGUGUUUGGGAAGCUAUACCGUGCUGUGAAGAGUUCAUUAGCACAGAGAAAGCCAGAAGAAGCUGAGAGCGAGGAAGAGACAAAGACAGUGGCUUAUGAUCCGACGCUUGAAGAAGCUGGCUUUGAGAGCUUUGUAGAGACAGCGAAAGCUCACAGAGACAUGUAUGCUGAGAAACUGAGCUCGUUGAUGAACUACUACGGCGCUGCUAACGAAGAAGAGAUUCUCACAGGCAUUUUGAAAACAAAGGAGAUGUAUCUUCAGAGAGAUAACCGGAGGUACGGUGACAUGAAGGAUAGGAUUACAUUGUCUGUGAAGGAUUUGCAAAGAGAGGCCAUGGGAUGGUUGGAGAAGAGCUGCGGAGAUGAACAAGAGAGGAAGAAGCUAGCGUCGGCUUGGUACUAUGUGACAUACAACCCGAGCCAUGGCGAUGAGAAGUUGAGAUUCUUGAGCUUUCCGUGGAUUGUAGGUGACGUGUUGCUGGGGAUAAAGGCUGAGAAUGCACAGAGAGAGACAGGGCAAAAGGUGAUUGCGUGA